CAAAAUCGAAAUAGAGAGAGAGAGAGAGAGAGAGAGAGAGCAAUGGCGUCGUCGUCCAAAACCCUAGUAGAGAUCCUCCACCCCGCAAAGCGCCUCCGAUCCCUCUCCUCCUCUCCCGAAACCCUAACGCCCAAAUCCUCCAUCUCCGCCCUCUCCAAGUCCUUCUCCUCCGACAGCUGCGCCGGCGACGGGGAGAUACCACCGGAAUCCGCCUCCGCCCUCACCCCGGAGCAGAGUAAGCGGAUCGAGCUCAACAAAGCCCUAGCGAGGUCGCGGCGGAACCUGAGGCUCUGCGCCGAGCGGAUCGAGAGUGCUAAAGCUGAAGGGGUGGAUUACGUGAAGCUGGAGGAGCUUCUGGUGGAGGAGACGUGGCUCGAAGCGCUUCCUGGGGAGCUCCAGAAGCCGUAUGCGAAGAAUCUGUGCAGGUUCGUCGAACGGGAGGUUCGGGGAAGCGUCCCGGUGUAUCCUCCGCCACAACUCAUCUUCAACGCCCUUCAUUCCACGCCAUUUGAUCAAGUGAAGGCGGUGAUCAUCGGACAAGAUCCUUAUCAUGGCCCGGGUCAGGCCAUGGGCCUUGCUUUCUCGGUACCAGAGGGGAUCAAGAUUCCUUCUAGCCUAAUCAAUAUAUUUAGGGAACUUGAAAAGGAUGUUGGUUGUUCUGUGCCAGCACAUGGAAAUCUUGAAAAAUGGGCUGUGCAGGGUGUUCUCCUGCUCAAUACUGUGCUCACUGUGAGGAAACAUCAAGCUAAUUCUCAUGCUAAGAAAGGAUGGGAGCCAUUUACUGAUGCUGUGAUUAGAACAAUAUCGCAAAAGAAAUCAGGGGUCGUCUUUCUUCUUUGGGGAAACUCUGCUCAAGGAAAGAUAAGACUGAUUGACGAGUCAAAGCAUUUCAUCCUCAAGGCUGCCCAUCCAUCAGGCCUAUCUGCUAACAGAGGCUUCUUUGGAUGCAGGCAUUUUUCCCAGACAAAUAAGAAACUGGAGAGACUUGGGAUUUCUCCCAUUGAUUGGCAACUUUGAAUCAUCGUAAGCACCUCCGCAAACCUUUCGUUGUGCGUGCUUGAUUAAUUAAUUAGUCGUGAUCCUUGCUAUCUCUUGAGGAAAAGGGGACCAUAUUAUUUGGCCAAAUUUUGGACUAACUUAUAUGAUGUAUAUGCUUAAUAUUAUUCCUGUAGUUGUAACUACAGCAGGUUAUUAUCACCUGCUGAGUUUUGUCUAUAUAACCAUAGCUAGCGUCUUUAGUUUAAAGUUGGAGAUAAUUCUCAUGUACUAGCUACUUGUAGUAUAAGUUUCUCACAUAUGUUGCAGUUAAAUUUUUAUUAAAUAUAACAGCUAAAUAGCAUGACGUGCAUUAAGCACCCUCCAAAAAAAAAAGGAAAUCACCCACUGAAUUCUACAAAAAA